CUGAAACUACAUGCAUUGGCCUUACAACAAUCAAAAAAGCAGCCGUUUGCGGAAGCAAACGACGGGUUGUCCAGAUAAAAGAAGUCACCCUCUCCCUUUUUUCGGUUUUUUUUUUUUUGGCUACAGAUUUGAUAAGACGCACGUAUUAACCUUAUAUUUUUGGAGGGAAAUGGAGUUACUAAAGCUUUCCAAAUUCAAGCUCCAGCUUCAGGCCCUGACCACAGAACUUCGAGAUCUCAGAGAAAGAGAACACUCUGCUACCGAACAAUGCCGCAUUCUGAUUCAGAAACAGAAGCAAACCGAGGAGGAAUAUGGGAGGAAGUUGCAAGAAUUGCAAACGGAAUUAGCUUCCUCCAACGAGUUGCACCAAAAGCUCGAACGAAAGGUGAAUUACCUACAAAACGACAAUGCUUUGCUUGAGAAUAGACAGAAGGAGUUGCAGGGAACAAUACAAACCCUGCUUCAAUCGAGGGAAAAUUUCGUGAAUGCUUAUGAGGAAACAACUUGUGAGAUGAAGCGUGCAAUUGAAGCUAGAGAUAGAAAGCUCAGUCUCCUAUCAGAAAAACUGAAUUCUCACCUAUCAUUGUUUGAUUCUAUAGAAAAGGAAGCAUUCUUAAUCAAGCAAGUUGUGAACAAAGUGCAACUCCUUGUGAUUGAAAAAGAGGAUGUAGUGGCUGGCUUAAGGAGCAAGAUGGAUACAGUCUCUGCUUUUGAGAAAGUAUUUGUUGAAAAGGUCCAUUGCCUUGAAAAUCAACUAAAAAACAAUGAGGAUGAGCUCAAAAGGAGAGACAACAUUAUUUCAGAGCUAGAAGCACAGCUGGAAGCAGAAAAAAUUAGGAACAGUAAUCAAACUCAAAUAGGAGAUUUUCAGAAUGCUCUAUUAGCAAAGGAUGCAGUAAUCCAGAAUCUGAUUUGUGAAAAAGAGGCUUUACAUUGUGAAGUGAGGAAGUUAGCACUAAUAUUACAGAAGGUUAAGGAGACUGUUAUAGAUAUGGAUGAAGAGGACAAAAGAGUGUUCUCCUCCGCACUGGAAUGUCAAGAAGACUGUCAAAUGGUUGUGGUAGAUGAAGAUAAUAGGAUUGAAGCAGAUGUCAUAGACAUCGGAGAAGCAUCUCUACAUAAGGCUUGCAGAAUGGGUGCUGCAGAAAAUCUAGCUUCACCUACAUGUCAAGAGCAGCACUCGGUCGGGAACCUCCAGCAAGAAAAAAAUCAUUUAGACUCUUGUAUGUCAGAGUCUUCUACUUCUCCAUCGCACUCGCCUUGCUCCGAACUUCAAUCUGCAGUUCAUGAUUCAAGCAUUGCAGCAAACAAUGGAAAGUUCAUUGCAACAGUACACCAUUUAGAUUCAGAGUGCUCAACAACUCGAGCAGAAACCUCAGAAUUGCCAGAUUAUUGUCUUAUGGGCGCAGCAGAAGAAGGAAUAUGAUGUAAACAAUACCAUUUGCAAUCACCAUUUUCAGGAAAGGAAGAAAGAAAAGGCUAAAGGAUAAGACAAGACAGGUUAGAUUUUAUCUUGAUAGUUUGGUUGAAAUGGCACGAGAGUUUCUCGUCGAUGCUAAAAAAAGGGAUAAUGCAUGAAUUAAACUUUUAUCCCAAUUGCCGUUCCUGCAAAGAUCAUAAUAAAGUGAUAAACAUACAAUAAAACGAAAUGUUUUAGUACUAGGCAUCACCAUGACCUGGUUCAAUUUUAAAUCGAAAUUCAAUUGGAACCAAAUUGCUCAGAACCAACCGAAAUCAAAUUAUGACCAACUAUUUUUUGUUCUAAAUCAAAACUGAAAUAAAGUGUAUAGAUUUGGUUUUAGUUCUUUAUUUGUUUGAAACUAGAAUUAGCGAUUCUAAUUUUGAAACGUGAAAAGAAAAAUAUUUGUAAAAUCAAAGACUAUCUGUUUUUUCCGUUUAUUAUAAUUUGGUGUUUUAUUAAACUGUCUAAAAAAAUAAUAAAUUAAAAAGGAAAAUAAUUGUUUGAUUUUAAUUUUAAACUGGAAUUUCGUUAAAACCAAUCGACUUAUGAGCAACUCAAUUUCAAUUCCUCACUCUUUCCAGAAAUGAAGUCAUGCUUGCUUAUACGUGUACCUAAAGCAAAAUUGUCUAGCCAAAUCUCUUAUGAUUAUGAAGGAAGACUAUCCAUAAAUUCUUCUAUAUUGUUUAGUAGUGCACAUUAUUUUUAUUUUUUAUUUGAUUGCUUGCUUAACCGGAACGACACAGAGAACCACUUUCCAACUGUACAGUGUCCCCUCAUCUAAAACAAUGCUCUUUUAUCU